AUGCUCCGACCCAGGGACCCACCCCCUCCCGGGCAGUGGGUGAAUGGGGGGUGGGGGGGAAAUGGAGUCGGGUUCCCGCCCCGGAAGGCUACACUUCCUGGUCGCAAGGAUAAAACUGGCCCUCCCUGGCCAGCGGGGACACAAAACGAUCUCGCCAUGGGUUCCCCUUCGGACCCAGAAAACCCAGACCGCUUCUCUCAGGCUCCGGUCCGCACCUGCCGUGUCCUGGACUGGGUUCUAGGGACAGCGCUGCUACUGCUGCUGGCCGGAGUCGUGGCCGCUUACACUGCUUUAAGGACAAACUCUGCCCAACCUCCUGCUUCGCAAGGGCUCUCUGCCCCCGGGUUCCGCGCUCAGGGUCCCUAUGCCCAGCUGGUGAUGAAGGACAUCGUGGUGAAGAACAUGACACUGAACUGGCACAGUGACUCUCGUCUUUCCGGAGUCUUCCUGGCCCCACAGAUGAAUUAUGAUGUCAAUAAGAGAGAGCUGGAGGUUGGUGUGGCCGGCCUUUACUUCAUCUACGCCCACCUGAAGUUGCAGCAGGUGGUGGUUCCUGCUUACAGCCAGGGGACCAUAGAAGUCUCUGUGUCCGGGGUGCAGGGCUUUGGCCCUCGACCUCUCUUGACUCUCUCCCUGGAGUUGGGACCUUACAGCACUUCCACUACCACCACCUCAGAGUCCUCCCUCAUCUUCCUGAAUCCUGGGGAUCGCCUCAGGCUUAAUAUGAGCACCACAGCAGGGGACUUCCUGGACUGGUUAGGGGCCAGUACCUUUGGCCUUUUCUGGGUGGCUGGGGGACAGCAGUUAACUGAACCUGGGACAUAUUUAUUGUGACCAAUUAACAAAUACUGUGGUAUCUUUUUUGGAAGAUGGAGUGGGGGUGGGCACCAAUGCCCUUGUUUUAUUUAACUUGGGGACCCCCGCUUUGUGGUUGAGCCUUGGGGAAUCCCCAGCCUAACUGCCAGCAGUUCUCAGCAAGUCCAAACACGCCUCCGAAAGAGGCAAUAGAAGGACAUGGGAGCCUUGUUGGUUGUGGGUCCUUACCAUCAGGGGAUCUGAGAGUAGAGAGCCAGAAGAGUCCUGGUUUUGAAUCUGGUUUCUUUUUUUUUUUUUUUUUUUGCUGUGACGCUGGGCCAGUCAUUUAACCUCUCUGAUCCUUGGUUUCCUUGUCUAUAAAAUGAGUACAAUCUUUGCACUGCCUACUUCAUAGGGUUAUUGGGAGAGAAGUGAUCUGUAUACGCAAAAGUAUUUUUGAAAUGGCAAUUAUUAUUUAUUUAUUUAUGUAAUCAUUCCAAGGCUAGGGACUGGGGCCAAGUGGCUGCUUCUUCCCUGCUGGUGCUAAACUACCUCAUGGGGACCUUCAUGUGAAGUACUUGGAGAUCACCCAUCCUCUCAGUGGCAGGAGAGACUUGGGCAAGAGUUUGCUGGUCCAGGGAGCACCAGGCCAAGGAGGGGAGGAAGAGUGCCAGUCACUCUUGAAUACCUCUAAUUGUGUAUUUAUUCUGGGCAAGUGCACUUUAAAUGACUUUAUUUAUCACCCUCAUGCCCUAGGGGGUGUGUCUGGAAUAAAUAAAUAAAUAAAUAAAUAAAUAAAUAAAUAAAUAAAUAAAUAAAUAAAUA